AUGGCUCCCAUAGAUACCACCGAAAAGGACUCUUCUGAUGAGAGAUACCAUCAGCAUCUGAGUGACGAGCACAAUUUUGGCUCGAGUGAUGAUUUCCCUACCGACGAUGAGAACAAAGAUCAUGCUCUAGCAGCAGUGGAGUCCAAAAGCACCUUGGAUACCGAUGACGGUUUCAAGUUCAACCAGGGUGAUGUUAUGGCCAUUUUGAUGGACGACGAUGAUGAGUUACCUGCGUUAACCUUGCGUAUGUGGGUGAUGGCCAUCUGCCUUGGAGCAUUCGUGGCUGGCGUGGAUGCUUUUUUCAAUAUGAGAUUCCCAACGAUCAAUAUCGCCGUGGUGGUCAUCCAGGUUAUCUCGUGGCCAAUCGGACAGGCAUGGCAUUACAUCAUUCCUCGAUGGACUGUUCCACUUCCCUGGGGGCUCUCCUUCAGCUUGAACCCGGGUCCUUUCAACUACAAGGAACACACCUCCAUCUUCAUUUUCUGCAAUGUCGUCAUCAGUGCUGGAUUGGUCAACAACUUGGUCAUCGAAGACACCAAGUAUUUCAAGAAAGAUAUCGGUAUUCCUCGCCAGAUUCUUUUUAACAUAUCGUGUUACGUCCACGCUGUUGGUCUUGUGGGCCUCUUCAGAGACGUUAUGAUCACACCUGCCGAAAGAGUCUGGCCUGGUGUGCUUUCCAAUAUCGCCUUGUUCAAGACCAUCUACUCCAGAGACAACCCAGUGGUACACGGCUGGAAGAUGCCUCGUGGGAUCUUCUUUGUCAUUGUCUUUGUGUGCUCUUUUGUCUACUAUUGGUUCCCUGAUUUGAUUUUCCCAUUCUUCUCCACCAUUGGUGCCUGGAUCAGCUGGAUCAGACCAGACAGUGCAGCACUUUCUCAGGUGUUUGGCGUCAAGACUGGUCUUGGUCUCUUCCCUCUCACUUUGGAUUGGACCCAGAUCACCUCGAUCAACAACCCAUUGACUACACCUUUCUUCGCUGUGGCCUCCAUGUUUGCCUCGUUCGUCUUUUGGAUUUGGAUCGUCAUGCCUGGUCUUUACUACCAGAACCACUGGGAAACCGCCCACAUGCCAAUCAUGAGUAACUCGGUUUUCGAUAUGCACGGAAAGCAGUACAAUUUUUCCAGGGUUGUGAAUGACGAUUGGAAACUCGACAAAGAAAAGUUCGACGACUAUUCCCAAGCUUUCAUGCCUGUGGCAUUCUUGAUGAGUUUGGCUCUCGGAAUUGCCGUUUUCUCCUCUCUUGUUGUCCACACCGCUUUGAAGUUCCGUUCUGAAAUCUGGGGUCCAUGGGUUAACAGAUCAAACCACGAGGAUAUCUUCAACAAGGCAGUGAAGAGAUACAAGGAGUUCCCCAAAUGGAUCUAUCUUGUGAUGGUCGUUGUUGGUUUGGCUCUCGGUUUUGCGUUCUCAGAAGGUUGGAAUGACUCUCCAAUUGACGCAGGUGGAUACUUUGUUUCUGUUUUGAUUGGCUCUGUAAUGUUCGUUCCCCUUUCCCUUCUUGAAGCCAGAGCCAACACCAUUGUGUCAUUGCAGAGCUUUUUCGAGAUUGUCAGUGCUAACUGGUAUAAGGGCAACUCAUAUACUUUGCUCUACUUCUACUCCUUUGGAUUCAGUAUCAUUCAGCACGGCAUGCACAUGGCCCAGAGUGCCAAAAUGGGCCACUACAUGAGAGUUCCACCAAAACAAGUCAUGAUCCUUCUUUUCGCUGCCGGAAUCUGGGCAUCGCUUGUGUCUCCUUCAGUCACUGGGUACUUGUUGCAUCACAUUGACGACAUCUGCACUUCCAACGCCAGAAAUAACAUGGUUUGCAGAAAACAAAAAACAGCAUUCAACACCCAAUCAAUGUGGGGUUUGUUUGGUAGUGAAAUUUUUGCUCCUGGAGGCAGGUACUCCUGGGUUUUGUGGUUUUUCCUUGUGGGUGCCUUGGUGCCAAUUGCCCAUUGGGCAUGGUGCAAGUUUAGACCCAAUAGCUGGGUGAAGCGUUUUGACCCUAUUUUGUUCUUUGGUGGUGCUGCCAAUAUUCCUGGUGUGACAGGCUACAACUUUUCAACCUGGUUCUUCACCGCUGCUAUUUUCAACUACUUCAUCCACCGUAAGUACACAGCCUGGUGGAGAAAGUACAACUUGGUCAGCUCUGUUGCCUUGGAUAGUGGUGUUGCCAUAGCCGCCAUCCUCAUCUAUUUCUGUGUCGUUUACACCGGUGGAUCAAAGAACUACUCAUGGUGGGCGACUAACGUCUCCAAAAAAGGCUGCGAUAACAAGGGAUGCCCACAUCUUUCCAAGGAAAUCCCCAGACCCGAGGGAUACGCCUUUUAA